AAUCCCUCUUCUCAUCGAACACAAAAGUUUGGUGUCUCUCUCUCUCUCUAAAACUCCAAGAAGUAAACAGAGGUACAUCCCCAACCUCACCCCCCCUUUCUACCUGUGGUUAGGUGUGUCAGAAAGAGAGAGACUGUAUACAUAUACAUAGAUAUAUACAUACACAUAUUUAUAUCACCGCCGAUCGUCACCAUUACCGGUCUUUCCUACUUUCUCCGAUUGAUUCAAACUCAAAUCGCGCAUUUUCUCUCUCCAGAAUCCAUUCGUUCCUCAUUUCUUCAUUGGAAGUAAGUCUAUCUCUACUCUCUCUCUAUAUAUACGUACUUAUAUAUAUAUAGAUACAAGCAUAUAUAUACAUAUGCAUGCGAAUUGUGUUGUUAAAUUAAUAAGCUGAUGGGGCAUAAGAAGCGAAACGUGACUCCUCGCUCGAAACCACCAUCGGCGGCGGCUCCUCCUUCGCCGGUGGUUUCCGGCGGCGGGGAUGGCUCCAAUGGUGGUGCGAGUUCAGUCGAGACGGAGCAAAACCUAGACUCGAAUUCGUCAAUUGAACAAGUGCCGCAGAGUAAGAUCGAAGUGUCAGUGGUCGAAUCGGACGGUUCGUCUUACUCUGCAAUCAAGCUGGAAUGCGAGCGAGCCCUAACUUCGCUCCGGCGGGGGAACCACACAAAAGCCCUAAGGCUGAUGAAGGAGAUGUGUCUGCGACACGAGAACUCGGCUCACUCGGCUUUGAUUCACCGAGUUCAGGGGACUGUGUGUGUAAAAGUUGCUUCAAUCAUCGAUGAUCCAAAUGCCAAACAGCGGCAUUUGAAGAACGCGAUUGAGUCUGCGAAGAAAGCAGUCAUGUUGUCGCCGAACUCUAUCGAAUUUUCGCAUUUUUACGCGAAUAUGUUGUACGAGGCAGCGAAUGAUGGGAAGGAAUACGAGGAGGUGGUGCAAGAGUGCGAACGGGCAUUGGCAAUUGAAAAUCCUGUUGAUCCGGCAAAGGAAAGCUUGCAGGAUGAGAGCCAGCAGAAGAUAUUGACGGCCGAUGCUCGGAUUGGACAUGUGCAGAAUGAACUUAGGUCACUGAUUCAGAAAUCGAAUAUUGCUUCUAUUUCAACUUGGAUGAAGAAUCUUGGGAAUGGGGAGGAGAAGUUUAGGUUGAUUCCAAUAAGGAGGGUUACAGAGGACCCAAUGGAGGUCAGAUUGGUGCAAACAAGGCGGCCAAAUGAGAUCAAGAAGGCAACCAAGACGCCUGAAGAACGAAGGAAGGAGAUUGAAGUUCGGGUGGCCGCUGCAAGGCUGUUGCAGCAGAAGUCAGAGUCGCCACAAUCACAAAAUGAUGACAAUAAGGCUUUAGAUUCAUUGUCCGGGCCUUCUCAAAGAAUCGGUGAGCGAAGGAAGUCGGGAAUGAGGAAAAAUGCAUCUUCGGCUGAGAGAAGGGAUUGGGUUCGGUCAUAUUGGAAUUCCAUGAGUUUGGACAUGAAGAAAGAAUUGCUUGAAAUUAAGCUUGCAGAACUUAAGGCCCACUUCGGUUUGUCGAAGGAUGGUUUGGCGAAUGAAGUCCUAUCAGAGGCUGUAUUGUUUGCUGAAGCUAAUAAAACAUGGAAGUUCUGGAUGUGCUGCCGCUGCAAUGAGAAAUCUGCUGACUCCGAAUCCCACAUGCACCAUGUUGUCCAGGAGCACAUGGGGAACCUCUUGCCAAAAUUGCAGUCUGUUUUGCCUCAAAGUAUUGACAAUGAUUGGACUGAGAUGCUUCUCAACUGUUCAUGGAAACCAUUGGAUGUCACUGCUGCAGUUGAAAUGCUUGAGAACCAAUCAAAUGUACAAGCUUCCGAGGUUGUUGAUGAGUCAUACCUGAGGAAUGAUACAGAGGCAUGUAGGGUCUUCGAUGCCAGUUAUUGCUCUGAAGAUGCAUGGGAUUCAUCCCCUCGGAAUGGGAAAUUCAGGGAUAGUUGCAACGUUAACACUGUGGAGAGCAUAGAUUAUAAUAAAAAUUCUGACACUGAGUGGAGAGAAUAUGACGGCAGUCAGGGUUGCAAGGCAUAUUCCCUUUCCGAUAAUUGGCCAUUGUCAGAGGACAUUGAGCGUGCAAAGCUCCUUGAAAAAAUCCAUUCCCUAUUCCAGGUUCUUAUUAGACAUAAGUACCUUGCUGCAAGUCAUCUUAGCAAGAUACUACAUUUUGCAGUGGAUGAGCUACAGGGUCUUGCCUCUGGUUCUCAGCUUUUCAACUAUGGUUUGGACCAAACACCGGUAUGCAUAUGCUUUUUGGGAGCUCCUGAACUCAAGAAAGUCUCCAAAUUCUUGCAGGAUAUAUAUAAUUCUGGUAGAUAUUCUGACAAAAGUGGUGUUGUUGAUGAUUCAAAUAGUGGCACUAUAGGUGCUGAAGUCACAGAGAAGAUAAUUCUUAGCGAUGAUGCAUCGGUUCUCCUGUUGGAUGAGCAUUUCUUGUCAAGCAAACUCACUCCCACCAUAUGCCAUGGCACUGUCACAGAUGAUGCAGCUGCAGCAACUUCAGCUUAUGUUGGCUGUGAAAAUGGGGUUAUGCUUGACACCGAUGCUUUAUUGUCCUGGAUAUUUACAGGUCCCACAAGUGGGGAACAAUUGGCAAUGUGGACACGAGCUAGGGAAGAGAAAGCACAUCAAGGGAUGGAAAUUCUACAAACGCUUGAGAAGGAAUUUUACCACCUAAAGAGCAUGUGUGAGAGAAAAUGUGAGCUAUUGGGCUAUGAGGAAGCAUUGCAGGCAGUGGAGGAUCUCUGUCUUGAAGAAGGGAAGAAAAGGGAUCAUAACACAGAAUUUGUCCGACGAAGUUAUGAGUCUGUUUUACGGAAGCGGCGAGAAGAGCUCAUCGAAAGUGACAAUGAUGUUAUGUUUAUUAGUAAUAGGUUUGAGUUGGAUGCAAUAUCAAAUGUCCUAAAAGAAGCAGAAAAUCUGAAUGUAAAUCAGUUUGAAUUUGAGGAAAGUUACAGUGGUGUGGCUUCUCAUCUAUGUGACUUAGAAUCUGGUGAAGAUGAUUGGAGAACUAAGGACUAUUUGCAUCAACUGGACUCUUGCAUAGAAGUUGCAAUCCGAAGACUGAAAGAACAGUGGUCUAUAGAGCUCAGCAAAAUUGAUGCAAAAAUCAUGCGAAAUGUUACUGGGAUGCAGCAGUUGGAAUCAAGGCUAGAGCUUGUAUCUGCCAAUGAUUAUCGGUCAAUUGUAGUGCCUCUAGUGAAGUCAUUUAUGCGGGCACACUUGGAGGAUCUGGCCGAGAAAGAUGCCACAGAGAAAUCUGAUGCUGCAAGAGAAGCAUUUUUGGCUGAACUUGCACUUGAUUCUAAAAAGGGUGUUGGCGGAGGGAGUGAUAGUUCGAGAAAUAUACAGGAAAAGACAAAGGAUAAGAAAAAGAACAAAGAGUACAGAAAAAUUAAGGAUUCAAAGUUGCAGGCUUCUAGUAAUAAUGAGCAACAUAUGCUUCAGCCGGAGACUGCUGAACGGAUCUCCUGCCCUUUUCCAUAUGAUGCUGAUAAUCCCGAGUCCGAAAUUGUUGAGAAUGGUGAUGCUCUACAACAGGAAGAGGAAUUUAGACGUAGAAUUGAGCUUGAAGCUGAAGAAAGAAAGCUUGAAGAAACUCUAGAGUAUCAACGUCGAAUAGAAAAUGAGGCUAAACAGAAGCACCUAGCUGAGCAACAUAAGAGAACUAUAACAACAGUUUCUGAAAAGAAGGCAGUUGAACUGCCUGAUUAUUGCUUAAAGAAUAGUGAUGAUGAUCAAGAUGUACAAGGGCAAUUGAAACAUUUUAAGCAGGAAUCUCUGAUGCAGAAAAAUGGAUUCCCGGACAUUUUAGAUGGUGUGCCUGUGAACACUGCAGAUAAAGCUGCACAAAGGACUUGUAGUACUAACAGUCACCAUCACACAAAAGUUGCACAAGGCUUACCUAAUGGAGGAAUUUCAGAGGAUGUUGUUUUGCCUUCUGAUCGACGGACAGGAAGGAAAGGUAAACGUCAGAAGAGUUCCACCAAAUUGCUCGAUGGGAAGUAUCAGACAAUUGCUUCAUCAGAAAAGGAAAAUAUUGAAGUUGGACAAGUUAGACUUAAGGACAGUCUUCAUGGUGAUGGCAAAUCAGAGAACCCACAUUUCGGAGAUGGUGGAACAAAGACACUGAGACAAUUACACGUAGAGGAGGAUGAUGAGGAAAGGUUCCAAGCUGACCUUAAAAAAGCCGUGCGCCAAAGCCUUGACACAUUCAAUGCACAUCAGAAGUUGCCCUUGAUCUCAAGUUCGUGGAUGCAGCAAAAGAUGUCGUCAGAAGUUGAUCACUCGAGUAUUUCAUCUAAUGAAGCCACACUUGAAAAUUUGAAAGGAGCAGAUGCAUAUGGCACGGGUCUGAAGAAUGAAGUUGGUGAAUACAAUUGUUUCCUAAAUGUUAUCAUACAGUCCUUAUGGCACUUAAGACGGUUUCGAGAUGAAUUCUUGAGGAGAUCGACAUCAGAGCAUGUCCAUGUAGGAGAUCCUUGUGUUAUCUGUGCACUAUAUGAUAUUUUUGCUGCCCUUAGCAUGGCAUCUACAGACACACGUAGAGAAGCUGUUGCUCCUACUUCUCUGAGAAUUGCUUUAAGCAACCUGUACCCUAAUAGUAAUUUCUUCCAGGAGGCUCAGAUGAAUGAUGCUUCUGAAGUAUUGGGAGUAAUAUUUGAUUGCCUUCAUAAGUCGUUUACUUCUGGUUUGGGUGUUUCUGAUACUAAAUCAGUAGAAAGCAAUUGCAAGGGCUCGUGGGAUUGUGCAAACAAUGCUUGUAUAGCACAUUCUCUUUUUGGAAUGGAUAUUUUUGAACGGAUGAAUUGUUACGACUGUGGUGUGGAGUCCAGACAUAUGAAAUACACUUCUUUCUUUCAUAAUAUCAAUGCCAGUGCUCUCCGGACAAUGAAGGUUAUGUGUGCAGAAAGCUCUUUCGAUGAGCUUCUAAAUCUUGUUGAGAUGAAUCACCAGCUAGCUUGUGAUCCAGAGGCUGGUGGCUGUGGCAAGCUCAACCAUAUCCAUCAUAUUCUUUCGACUACACCUCAUGUUUUCACAGCAGUUCUGGGUUGGCAGAAUACUUGUGAGAGCGCUGAUGACAUAGCAGCAACGUUGGCUGCCCUAGCUACUGAGAUAGAUAUUGGUGUCCUUUAUCGUGGUCUUGAUCCGAAGAGCAGAUAUUGCUUAGUUUCUGUGGUUUGCUACUAUGGGCAGCAUUACCAUUGCUUUGCGCAUAGUCAUGAUCAUGAACGGUGGGUUAUGUACGAUGACAAAACUGUCAAGGUAAUUGGUGGUUGGGAUGAUGUUCUUACCAUGUGUGAGAAAGGGCAUUUGCAGCCUCAGGUUCUUUUCUAUGAAGCUGUAAACUAGUUAAAUUAUACAGAAUUCAUCACAUUAUUCGAUACAAUGGGAGGUUCAAGAUUAAACUUGGCAGAGUCACUUUCCGAUCAGAAUGUAGCAUUGAUGCUUGCGUCCGUAGAGUGCGGGUGAAACUUGCGAUGUUCAUUCAGAAGGUGAUAAAGUUUUGAUGUAAAAUCCAGAGUUGUGAAAUAUAAUCAAGAGUUAAAGUUAUAUAGUCAGUAGUCAAGAGUUGCUGUAGGAGAGACUGGUAAUUUCAGGAAGAGAUACAUUUGGUAAAGUUUUUCGUUUUCUGAGAUAAGAUGAUAUGGAAGAGCCAAAUUAUGGGAUUUGGUAGUUAUUGACCUCAAAAAACUGCAUCAGCAGAAUCGGGAUUCCGGCCAUGGGGUUUUUUUUCCUCCAAUUUCUUGGAUCUUUCCAAAUAAAGUGGUUUAGUUGAAGAAGAGCAGUAACCACCACCCGGUUGCCUGGCCAUAAAAGAACCGAAGCGUGUGAUUGAUUACCGGGAGCCUACACCAUUGUACACAGGGAAUACUAGUUCUAUAGAUUCACAUGCUAGACUGUUUUUCCAUUAUAAAAGAGGUUCUGUAUAGAUCAGUCCCCUUGGGUCCUGGUACUGCAACUUAUAGCAAGUUCUUCCCCCUCUAGGUAGGUCAAGUGUUGUGAGAACUCUUAUAUCUUGACAACGUUAAAUGAAAGAAAUGAAAAGAAACUUUUUUUUUU